AUGAAGGAACUCGCAGCCAAAGAAAGAGCGGAAGCGCGUGCCAAGCGUCGUGAACAAAGAGCGAGAGAAGAAGCGAUCGCCCGCGGAGAAGAAGUUUCCGACAUGGAGCCGAUGGAAGCCGAGAACGCCUCCGCCGACGCCUCGAACCCCAUUCGUCUGCACGUCAACGACGACGGCGCGACGCUGACGGACUUAAUCAGCAACAGCGACGUGAUUCUCGAAGUGGUCGACGCGCGAGACGCCAUCAACACCCGCUGCUUCUCCGUAGAGAAGGCCAUCGCCGACGAGUUCCCCUCCACCCGGGUCAUUCUCAUCCUCACGAAGAUUGACCUCGUUCCCCGCGCGCUCCUGGCUUCGCUCCUCGACACGCUCCCCGCGGAACUCCCCGUCAUCCUCUGGAAGAACACCACGCUCCCGCCGCAGACGCGCUCCCGCGGGAGAAAGCCCGCACACUUCUUCGGCGUGCGAAGAAUCGCGCGGCAAUCCGGCUUCGCCAACUUCGUCUUCGGUCCUGACUACCUCAUGGAAUGUCUCCGGAACAUCCAGAAGUCCCGCGGGGACUGGAUCAACGUGGCGGUGGUCGGGUUUUACGGCGUGGGGCGGCACGAAGUGCUGCGCGCCAUCAUGCAGAAUUCCCCGCGGUACCACGCCGAUCAGCUGAUAACCGCGGGAGACUCGGUGCUGCGGCGCAUCGACGAUUCCAUCCAGUUAUUCACGGUUCCCGGGCUGGUUUCGCUGCAACCGCGGGACUGCGAGCAUUUUGACUACCUGUUCAAGUGCCAUCCCCGCGGUUUCAUGACGAUCGAUUCGCGGGAAUUGUGCCGCGAUCUGAUUGGCUCGCUGGACGGGCAUCUGCUGAGCUUCUUCUACCAGAUCCCCGCGUUUUCGACCUACGAGGAGUUCAUCGGGCUGCUGGAGGAGCGCGUCGAGGAUAAGAAAAACAUGCGGCCCAGCACGGCGGCGCGGCAGGUUCUGACGGACUGGGCGAGCAACCGGCUGCCGCACUACGCGGAGGCGGAGCGCAGCGCGGUGCAGACGGUGCAGACGGAGGUGCUGAAGCGGUGGAAGGAGGAGAUGGGGUACGAGGCGGUGCUGGAGAGAAUGAAGAAGGACCCUGAGCUCGAUCGGUACGCGAUGAAGCCGCUGGAGCGCGUGUUCCGCACCCCCAAUGUGCAGCCCGAGGAGGAGACGCUCGACUAUUCGUGCUUCCUCCCUGCGGCGGAGAGAAAGCGAGAGGAGGAGGAAGAGGAAGAGGAAAUGGAAGAGGAGGAAGAAGUGCCAGAGCUGGUGGAUGAUGAUGAGGAAGAAGAAGAAGAAGAGGGUGAAGGUGAAGAAACGGAGCUGGUGGACGAUGAGGAUGCUGCGUUGUUGGAGUAGUUCGUUU